AUGACAUCGAGACCUCAAAUAUCACCUUUACAGAUCGACAACACAAUGACCGACCUCUGCACCAUCACAAAGUCUCUCUCCCUCGAGGAGACAUACACACUCGCCGACCGAGCACGAAGGAAGUCAUCCGACAAGCUCGUCCGCGAAGACCUCCGCCUCAAGCUGGGCCACACCAACGUUCUUGAUUCAUUACUCAAGGACAUUGCUCGAAGAUCACCUCCACCCUCACCAACACAAUCGUGCUCACGCCCUGUAUCUUCGCCGAUGAAGCGCCAGUCGUCAGGCAACUCAAUAACCUGGGCGACGCAAACAGUCACGAAGGUGCACGGCGUAGACGACUAUGGUUUCGCAUACGAGGAUGACGGAGAGGAGGACAUGGAAAGUCUGAGUCUGUGCCGGACGAAGUCAAGGAAGCCGGAGCGGUGA